UGAUUAAGAUGUAUGUGAUUUGGAGGAAUUCUGUUUCCUGUCUAAGGAUAAGAAAGGUGCUACGUAGAUUCCAAAGUGGUAAUCACCCAGUUGUCCCUCUGGGAUCAAGGAUUUUGACGGACCCAGCCAAAGUUUUUGAACACAACAUGUGGGAUCACAUGCAAUGGUCCGAAGAAGAAGCAGCAGCAGCCAGAAAAAAAGUAGAGGAAAACUCGGCUGUGCGAGUCCUUCUAGAAGAACAAGUUAAGUAUGAGAAUGAAGCUAGUAAAUAUUGGAACACAUUUUAUAAGAUUCAUAAGAAUAAGUUUUUCAAGGAUCGUAAUUGGCUGUUGAGGGAAUUUCCUGAAAUUAUUCCAGUUGAUCAAAAAACUGAACAGAAGUUGCAAGAAUUAUCAUGGGAUCCUGCAAAAACUAGUGCUGCCGAUGGUUUCUCAAGAACACGCUGUCCUCCUGUGCCUGAAGAAAAAAAUCAUAAUCAGAAAAGGUGUGGCUCAUCACACAGGCAAAGCCAAGCGGGAUCACAAUUUUCCAGCCUAGACUCUGAAGAACACAGAAAAGGACCUCUGAAAACAGAAUUGUUUCCCGGGAGCAACGCCACUUUCAGAAUCCUAGAGGUUGGCUGUGGUGCUGGAAAUAGUGUUUUUCCAAUUUUGAAUACUUUACGGAAUGCUCCAGAGUCCUUUCUUUAUUGUUGUGAUUUUGCUUCCGGAGCUGUGGAGCUAGUAAAGUUGCACUCUUCCUACAGAGCAGCCCAGUGUUGUGCCUUUGUCCAUGACGUCUGUGAUGAGGGCUUACCCUACCCUUUUCCAGAUGGGAUCCUGGAUGUCAUUCUCCUUGUCUUUGUGCUCUCUUCCAUUCAUCCUGACAGGAUGCAAGGCGUUGUAAACCGACUGUCCAACUUACUGAAACCUGGAGGAAUGCUGUUAUUUCGGGACUAUGGAAGAUAUGAUAAGACUCAGCUUCGUUUUAAAAGGGGGCAUUGCUUAUCUGAAAAUUUUUACGUUCGAGGAGAUGGUACCAGAGCAUAUUUCUUUACAAAAGGGGAAGUCCACAAUAUGUUCUGCAAGGCUGGGUUAGACGAGAAGCAAAAUCUGGUUGAUCGUCGCUUACAAGUGAAUAGGAAAAAACAAGUGAAAAUGCACCGAGUGUGGGUUCAAGGCAAAUUCCAGAAACCAUUACACUUGACUCAAAAAACCUCCAAAUUGGUAUUUUCACUCCUUUCUCAUGGCUGAAUUAUGUACCAUGUUAAGGUACAAACCAGAGGAUUACACUGUACAAAGACUUCCGUAGAUCUUUCAUUUUUGAAAGGACAAUCAGAAGAAAAGAGAAUUUGUAUAUCCUGCUGUUUAUCAUGGGUGAGCUCUUUUGUUUAAGCACUCGUAAAUGAUUUGGAAGAGUGUACCAUAUUCUGUGUUUUCAAAGCUUAAUAUGCUCAAGCUUGUUUGGGUUUA